AUCACUAAAAAAACGUCGAGCUAUUCAGAUGAUCGUGAAAUUAUAGUCCUACUGUUGAAUAUUCCUUAGGUAUGCCUUUUAACUUUCAAAAAGCAAUUUCACGAGAUAGUUUUUUUUACCUUACAGUUUUUGGGCUUAACAACUUUCAGCGGUCAUCAACAACACGUGUUGGUUCGAACAGAUAAUAAAUACGAUACUGACCGCUAAUAUAGAAGCGAGCCAAAACAAAAGUUGGCCUCGAUCUGCCCAAACGAAGCUCUGCUCGCAUGUUACAGUAAAAAUCCACGUGUAAGAACCUAUAUGUUUUGAAGUCUGGCAAAACAGGUUCAUGUAUUUUGGGGUAGUUAUUGGCAAUUUAGGCAAAGCAGGUUCUUAUUAGGUUCUUAAUUUCUAUGACGGAAAUAUAGUUGUUGAUCACUAGACAAAUAAAUAAACUUAGGUUUCGUCCUGAAACUAGAUAUAGUAUUAAUUCACAACUAUAUCAUGAUAAGCCUGACACAACUGAUUCCACUGAAUGUAUAUGUGGUGUUGUCUCAAAAAUAACAAGUGUUCAUAAUUUAACUGUAACCCACAUAUAUUGGUUCAGAUGUCGUACUUCACAUGAACUCAAUUUCAACAUACAAUUUCCACUUCCAACCUCUUUGUGUGCCAUGAAAUACAACACAACUUGGGCAAAAGCCCACCUUCAAUAUUCAGGUUAAUUAACAAAUUCAAUGCUCGCAUGUAAUUCAACACAAGCACGAAAAGGUGGCUGCAAGUUUGCGCACGAAAACAGCAAAACACAAACUACACAUAUCGGCUUCACUCUGACGAGCGAUACUCGCCAUUUUGAUGCGCUGACGUACCAUUUAUACUUUUGUGCAUACUCAGGUCAUCAAAACACAUUUAAAAUAUAUUAAAUUGAUUUAUGUAUUUCAUGUGAAGUACAGCAUCAGAAUCAAAGUCGAUCCACAGCCGUCAUUCUCGGCUGAGCCAGCCGUGAAGAAGGGCUGAACCGAUCCGAAUUCAAUCAGUCUUUUCAAAUUGAUCCAGACCCCGUACUUCACAUGAACUUAAUUCAUUGAAUUCGACUCGGCUCACGUGAGGUACGGCGUCUGAACCGGGCCUAAAAUUAUUUUGCACUUUUACAUUGACAUCUCUUCCUCUUUGGAAAGAAUUCAGUUUGACCCAGGUGUACACACAAGUUCAACGCCGGUUUUCCAUCAAUCAAAACUCGCCUAUUGUUGUUCCUUUUCAAUUAAUUUCUUUUAUAUUCAUUUUUGCGGCUCAUGAAGUCUGGUGAAACAAAAACUACAUAUUUCAAAUGCACUAGAUUACCUUCGUACGUGCGUUAUUAGAUUGUAAGGCGACCUUUUGAAAUCGUGUCGAGUGGCGUGUCCGUCAAGAUUUUUGAGAAGACAUGGGUGAGGUUAGACAAGUAACAGACAGAUUGUACUAACAGGCUACAUCUGUAACAAAAUCUGUCAGCCACCUUAUAGACAUGUCCAAACAAAUUUUACAAAGUAAGGGAAGUCUUCUGAGAUUGCUGUAUUUAUGUUCGCUCGCAGAUGUAGACAUCCGUCUUUGAAUGCUGUUGUUGACAUACGGAUUUUGUAAAUAUACUCCAAGCCUUAAUUUUUCUGGCAGCUUUGCGGAACUCGGUAUAACACACAAAUGAUGGUUGCUUUCUGUUAAGCAAAUUUUUUAACGUCGAGGAAGUACUUCCCCAUUUUGCUCGACCGAAAACGCUGCAAUAACAAUAGCACAUAGAUGAAUGAGCGAUCUCCAGCUUGGACUGCAAAAAAGGACACAUCUCUAACUUGGUCUGUAAAAAUAAUUUGCCAAUAGGUUAUCGAAAUGGCUGUACGAUUAAGUCUCCUUGUUUUGCAUUUCAUUAUUACCAACUUCUGUCGCACUUGCGCAAAAACGCCUCUAUACGUGGGCGCCUUGUUCCCGAUGACGUCAGAGCGUAAUGAUGGCUGGACAGGCGGUAAUGGUGUUCAACCCGCUGCACAAAUGGCUUUUGAUCACGUGAACAGUGCCGGAGUGUUGACCGACUAUGAGCUGAGAAUGAUUUGGAAUGACACCAAGGGUUCCCCUGGCUGGGCAGAACAUAUCGUAUUCGAGUUUCUUCAUAACGAGCCCCGUAAAAUCAUGUUCCUGGGAGCCGGAUACUCUUCAUGCAGCACUGUGGUAGCCGCGCUGGCUGGCCUGGAACCUUGGGCAAUACCGCAGAUUUCAUAUUCCAGUACAUCACCCGAGUUAUCAGUCAAAAACAAGUACCCGUACUUCUACCGCACUAUCCCGGAUGAUACCUCGUUCAACGCCCCCCGGCUAGCCUUACUGAAAACAUUCAAAUGGAGUCAUGUGGGUAUCAUCUUUCAGGAGGAGGACAUACACCGAACGGCCAUAUCUGAUCUUCAUGCUCUUUUUCUCGAGAACGGAAUCAGACAAAUUUCUUCCGAGAGUUUCCGAGAAAAUGCCACAAUGCAAAUGGAAAACUUAAAGAACAGAGGAGCAAGAAUCAUUCUAGCAAAUUUUUUUGGAAAAGGAGCUCGACAAGUUUUUUGUGAGGCCUACAAACUACGCAUGUUUGGUCCAAAGUAUGUGUGGAUCCUUCUUGGAUAUAUAGAGAGGGAAUGGUGGCUAGUCGACGAUUCCAGUAUCACGUGUUCGUCUCAGGAGUUGUCUGAAGCGAUGGAUGGUUACCUAGCAACCGACUACCUAUGGAAUACUGGACUGAGCACUAAAACAGUCUUCGGAAAGACGGUAAAGGACUUCUUAGCUGAAUACGAUUCGAGAGUCUCACCAAAGUCACGUGAUGUUCACCGUGGUUACGCAUAUGACGCAGUAUGGGCCAUGGCCCUGGCAUUGAAUCGGACCAUCAGUAGAAUGGCCCCGAACACACGUUUAGAUAAAGUGCCAUACGGUGACAAGACCUUAUCCGCAGCACUUACUGAAGCUCUUAGGAGGACCAACUUUUCCGGAGUGACGGGACCUGUUGGUUUCACCAGCAAGGGAAACAGAGCCGGAGAUACGCAGAUUGUUCAAAUGAAAGAUGGAAAACAGGUAACCGUUGGAUUGUAUCGUUUAAGUGAGGGUACGAUAACCUGGUCAGGUUACGAAGCUAUAACAUGGAAAGGUGGUUCACCUCCUCCAGACAGGACCAAAGUUGUUUACGAGCUUAUGUCGGUGUCUCUUCCGCUGUUUAUAUUCAUGGCGGUGGUGACGUCACUUGCUAUUUUUAUCUCUUUAUUCUUCCUGUGGUUCAACAUUGCUAAACGGAACGUCAGGUUUAUCAAGAUGUCCAGUCCUAAUCUGAAUAACUCUGUGCUGCUGGGAUGCACGUUAAGUUAUAUCUCAGUGCUCCUGUUUGGAUUGGAUGGCGGCUUCAUUUCUAGUGGUUACGAGAUAGUGUGCGCGAGCAGGGCCUGGACUCUGUCACUAGGCUUCAGUUUAGCGUAUGGUGCCAUGUUUUCCAAAACCUGGCGAGUUCACCUGAUCUUUACCAACAAGAAAUUAAAACGAAAGGUUAUAAAGGAUCGUCAUUUGUUCGCUGUAGUCUGUUUGCUUGUCAUGGUUGACGUUAUUUACCUUGCGGUAUGGCAGGUCAUGGAUCCCAUGACAAGGACUGUGAGAGAGUUUUCACAAGAGUCUUUAGACUCUGAUUUAGAUGUCCUACUUGUAAAGCAACUAGAGCUGUGCGAGUCUAAGGACACAUACCGCUGGCUUGGAAUACUGUGUGGUUACAAAGGACUGCUAUUGUUGUUUGGAGCGUUUUUGGCUUGGGAGACGAGAAACGUUACAAUAACUGCGCUUAACGAUUCCAAGUACAUUGGGAUGUCUGUGUACAAUGUGUUUAUCCUGUGCGUUAUUGGUGCGCCUAUAUCGUUAGCCAUGAGGGAGCAGCCUGACGCCUCGUUUUCCAUUGUAUCUGUUUGUAUUAUUAUCUGCACUUCUAUCACUCUAUGCCUUGUGUUUAUACCAAAGGUGCUGGAGAUGAAAAGAAUUCUGCAGUCUGGGGAACAGUUGUGUCGAACGUUUACUUCCGGUGCUUUGUUUCUGGAGACAAACGGCACAAUGUCAACAGUUGAUAUCGAUACAGAGCGACAAAUCAUAGAUUUGAAGAGAAAACUUAACGACAAAGACAAGGAAAUCAGAGAGCUGAGACUUCGCCUGAUGAAUUCAUCAGGAGCGGUAAAACAUCCUCUGAAAAUAGAACUCAAAACUACUGGGAAUAUGACACCCAUUGACACAAACUAGAAGGGCGCGCACCGUGGGGAAU